CAGUGCAAAAAUUGUGACGGUUCCGCACUGAGUCCGAUCUAACUGGAAUUUUUUUGCGCAAACUUUUUUUUUUGCAAUGCCCAGUAAAAUCAACAAAACGCGGAUCGUUGUCGGAAAACCCGGAGACUUUUGCGGUCAUCGGUUUUAGUGUUUCGCGAUCGGUUCCUGCUUGUUUCAAUAGUGAAGUGAAUCGAGUUAAAAUCGAAAAAAGCUGUGUCGGGUGUGGAAUAACAUUGCUCGGGUGUUCUGAGUGGAAUCGGUGCUGUUUAGUGAGGUGGGGAGGAAACAUUCCUUCAGUGGCUGCUGGCGGUGAGGCGGAAAAAGGGGCGAAUUUCCUAUUGGAUUUGACUGGCCUGCGGAUUUGCCGGGGACUAACCUUUGCGCGAGCAGUGGCAUGGGACAAACAAUUAGCGGUUCUGUGUACGUAGUAAGUGUGCGUUGAUCUACACGGAGAUCAGCUCGGAAUCAGUCAGUGCAUACAAGAAGAAUCCGCUCGACAGUGCAACAGGAAGUGCCAGUUUGCAAAGCGUGGGAACCAAACCAGCGAACGAAUCAAUAACCGGGCAGCGAUUUCUCGUCAUAAAUACAGCGAGAGAGGCCUGCAGCAGUAACGAGAAGAAGGAGUACGUGCCGCGAACAGUGUGUUGCGGGGAGAAAGAGUUAAAAGAAAGUCGUUGAAAAACAAACUCGCGAUCAGCGCGAAAACGAAGAAACUGUUAUGUGUGAUUAAUUCAGUGCGCAGUGAUCGUGCGAGUGAUUUUGGUUUUGGAUACAUUUCGGAACGAGCAGCUAAAAAGUUUGCCUUAGCGCACCACUCUCUGAUUGAGGGGGUGCCAGUUGAUCCCUAUGGGUGUACUGAACGUGAUCGGUUCCGGUGGUGCCGUCGAGCCGAGUUGCAAAAAGCCUAGCAGCGAUAACAUCUUCUCGCCGAUCAAGAACAAGAUGAAGGUGCUGAAGAAGAUCAAGAAGCGGAUGGGACUAGCUCCCCGCAGUGCAUCGUCCUGUCCCGGCCCGAACAAUCUGCCCCCGCUGCUGUUUCACACCGUCCACGGGGACAACAUUAGGAUAUCGCGCGACGGUUCCGUCGCCCGCCGGUACGAGUCGUUCUGCAAAGGAAUUACGUUCAGCGCGCGACCGGUGCGCGUCAACGAGCGCGUCUGCGUCAAGUUCACCGACAUCUCGAACAACUGGAGCGGCGUGAUCCGGUUCGGGUUCACCUGCAACGAUCCGGCCUCGCUGCGCGGCAACCUGCCCAAGUAUGCGUGUCCCGACCUCACCAACAAGCCCGGCUUCUGGGCGAAGGCGCUCAACGAGCGGUACUGCUACCGGAAUAACGUGCUGUUCUACUACGUCUCACCGUCGGGGGAUGUCCACUUCGGCAUCAACGGCGAAGAGAAGGGCAUCUUUAUCACGGACGUCGACGCACGUGGCCCGCUGUGGGCCGUUAUCGACGUGUACGGUAAUUCUACCGGCAUCGAGUUCCUAGAUUCGCGCAUCUACAUGUUCCAGACGCAACAGCAGCAGCAGCACCAGCACCAGCACCAACACCAUCAACAGCAGCCCGCGCAGCAGCAGUCGUGCGGGCGGCGGUCGGUAGAUCAGGAGAUCGUACCUCACAUGGAAUCGCUCAGUAUCAACCAGCACAACCAGCAGCUGCUGGACGAACGUCCGGCGGCCAGCACGAACGUCAUCAGUUCAGCUGCAAGCGUACGGUACAACAGCCCCGCGCCGGGACUUCUACCUCUUCCGUUCCAUCCAGUGCGAGGUCGCAACGUCAAGUUCUCCGCGGACCGCACCGUUGCAACGCGCGCCGAAACUGAGUUCUGCCAGGGUUACGUGUUUGCGCCACGACCGAUCAAAAUCGGCGAACGGCUCAUCAUCCAGAUCCUGAAAACCGACAACAUGUACGUCGGAUCGCUUGCCCUCGGCCUGACCUCGUGCGACCCGGCCACGCUGCAGCUCGCCGAUCUGCCCGACGACUCCGACCUGCUGCUCGACCGGCCCGAAUACUGGGUCGUCAGCAAGGACGUCGCGUCCACGCUGGUUCGUGGCGACGAGCUGUGCUUCUCGAUCAACGUCAACGGCGAGGUCUCGAUCAGCAAAAACGGUGGCCAACCUUCUGUGAUCAUGCACAUCGACCAGAGCCUGCAGCUGUGGGCCUUCCUGGACGUGUACGGCUCCACCCAGAGCGUCCGUCUCUUCAGCCACGCCAUCCCUGCCCCGUCCUCCGCCGCGUCCUGCUCGGCUCUCUACGAACCCCGCGCCAUGACCUCCUCAACCAGCCAACGCAGCCUGCAGGUCCAGUCUGUGUCCGCUCAAAUCCAACCGAGUUGCAGUUCCUCCGCCAACAUCCGCCCGGACAUGAUCCAGAUCAACCCCGGCGGCACCGUCCUCGUGGUCAACCUGCCCCCCACGGACGUCCAAGGCUCGUCCUCGCAGCAACAACCCACGAUCCAGCAGGCGUCCGCCACGCUCGUGUCACGCGGUGGCCUUCCCAACUCCGCCUCCACGCUGUCCGUCCCGCUGUCCACACUCUCCCUCGCGUCCAACGGAUCGUCCACCAGCGAAAUUCUGCCCGCAUACACCUACCCCGAGCCUCUUCCCGCGUCCGCCUACUCUGACGCCAGCUGCGCCGCCACCAAACCCGUCACCAACAGCAGCUACAAAGCCCUGCUCGCCACCGACAACGCCACCUGCUCCUCCACCUCCAGCUACGGCGGCGGCACCGUCGGCCUGACCGCGAACGGCGCCGCCAUCUACAGCACCACCGGCGUCGACUGCACCAUUUGCUUCGAGAAGCCGAUCGACUCGGUGCUGUACAUGUGCGGCCACAUGUGCAUGUGCUACGACUGCGCGAUAAAGCAGUGGCGCGGCAUCGGCGGCGGCCACUGUCCGCUGUGCCGGGCCGUCAUCCGGGACGUGAUCCGCACGUACAAGUCGUAAAGGGCUGGAAGUAGUCAUCCGAUACCAAAAGUAAGAUGCGCGCGCGCAAAGAUGUGCGAACUUCAAUUGUGAUUUUAAUUCCAAAAAAACUAAAAAGAAAGCUGAAAUUCAGCGAGGAGAGGGCUCGGGGGAAAGGAAGAGGAAUCUUUCGGCAUACAUUCUGGUCAAAAUUAUACUUAUAUUUUAUGCGAGUAAAUUAUACAGUAGUCAAAAUUGUCAGCUAGUGGACGCGACGUGAAGGAAAAAAGGAUUAUGAAAUUUAUUUUCCAAAAAAAUGUUAGUUUGCUGCGAGGGAGGCAGCGUGACGCGCGGAUAAGAAGCAUGCAGAGUUAGGAAUUGUUACUAAAAGGGGUCGCUUUCGUUUUGCACUGUCGAAAUUGUUGACCAAUAAAAGCAUUAUCUAGUGUGUAAGUUUGUAGAACAAAUUUGCUGAUGAUCAAACCAAAAAGAAAAGAACGCGCAAUCGAUAGUGAGGAAUUUGCCAAAAAAUAAAAAAAGCAAGCGUCACACUUCCAAGCAGCAAUCGUAGAAGCAAAAGAUACUGAACACGUAAGAGUGAGAAUCUCCUUUUCAACACACUUUUUACUACAAUUGUUUAUAUUUCAUGAAAUUGCACAUUUAUAUUCCAUAUAUAAAAAGAAAAAACUGACAUAUGAGAAAAAAAAUUUGCACGAACUCAAACACACACACUCUAAUCUUAAUUUACAAAAUUGAUACUUUCUAGUCAAAAAAUAAAAACACGAAUAAAUCGAGCGCAUUAAUCGCCAAAGGAAAAGUCUAAGGCCAAGUACACGGGAAACAGUAAACCCCCGCGGACACAAAUUAUUUUAUUACUCUCUCGUGACUUUGUUUCUCAAACUUGAAAUAUCUCAACGGCACGUGCGCAUUCUUAGUCUCGUGCUCGCAGUAGCGGUUUUCGAAAUGCGAGAGAGAGAGAUGGCAUUUUAGCAGCAGAUAAUUAUUAUUACACCCAUAAUCGAUAACGGUUUAGACAUGUAAGCAAAUCCAACUACUACUUAUUAUGUGCUGUACAUACGGGAGGAGAUGAUAGUUGACACUUCUAUUAAUUUAUUGUUAUCCCCAGGCAUUUACAAUUAGGACCGUAAAGUAACAAGCUAAAUAUUUUUAAAAAGUUAGCUGAGAAAAAAUCAUGAAAAAAAUACAAAACUCAUUGUGCUAAAAAUUAAAA